AUGGGUCUCAUCGGUCUUGCUAUUGGCAGUAUCUUCGGCUGCCAAGACAAUCAAAACCGCACUGGAGGUUGCUGCCGUCGCCGAAACCUGAAUCAACAACCAUACCUGGCUUCAUCCUACCCCGAGAUCACAAACUACAAUGGCCGAUCUUCAUGCCAUCAGCGCAAGAUGGAGCGUCGCUACCAAAGACAACUCCAGCGCGCUGAGCGCUCACAACUUCGUGUGGAACAACGAAUGGAGAGGGACUUUCAGAGGGCUGAGAGACGACAGGCGGGUGUUAUGCUUGUGAAACAGGGAGCGCAAAGAGUUGGUCUUGUUGGACAGCCUCAGGCUGAGGAUGUUCCUGCUACAAGGGGUUAUCGGGAGGAGACUAAGGAUAAUAUGUAUGAGUUGGGUGAGGUCAGUCAGCAGAGGGAUGCACCUCCGUCAUAUGAUGAAGUUGUGCGAAAGUAA